AUGCCAGCUUCCCCGACCCGCUUCUUGGUCCCUCCCUGCCUGGGGCUGGGUGUUGUGUAUAACUGUCCUCCCAACCACAACACCCAGCCCAGGCAAAAGCGCCUACUCAAACCGGACAGCGGCGAGCUCGAUGCUACCGCUAGCACGCUUCUUGACGCUCUCGUCGUCGGCAACGGCGGCGUGGUCCGCAUCGCAGCGCCUUGGACGGGGUGCGAUGGGGCGCAACUCCGCAAACGGCCUGUUCCAGAGGGCUCUGUCGUGCCUCCCACCCAUCUGCAGGGUGCAGAUAACCUCGGUCAGAAUCUCGGCGAGCAUGAGCGUCAUCGCCGUCAGUGUCAGUGCCAAGGUUAUGAGCGAGAUCCUGCCGUCAGCGCCGUGUCCUCGGUGCCCGGCUCCUUCCGUUGA